AUGGGUCACGAAGAUGCUGUUUACCUGGCCAAGCUCGCCGAGCAGGCUGAGCGAUAUGAGGAGAUGGUUGAGAACAUGAAGAUCGUCGCCUCCGAGGACCGCGACCUGACCGUCGAGGAGCGCAACCUUCUCUCCGUCGCCUACAAGAACGUCAUUGGUGCUCGCCGCGCCUCUUGGAGAAUAGUCACUUCUAUCGAGCAAAAGGAGGAGUCUAAGGGCAACUCUUCCCAGGUCACCCUUAUCAAGGAGUACCGCCAGAAGAUCGAGAACGAGCUUGCCAAGAUCUGCGACGACAUCCUCGACGUUCUUGACCAGCACCUGAUCCCCUCUGCCAAGUCUGGCGAGUCCAAGGUCUUCUACCACAAGAUGAAGGGUGACUACCACCGUUACCUCGCCGAGUUCGCCAUUGGCGACCGCCGCAAGGACUCUGCCGACAAGUCCCUCGAGGCUUACAAGGCUGCCACCGAGGUUGCCCAGACUGAGCUGCCUCCCACCCACCCCAUCCGCCUUGGUCUUGCCCUCAACUUCUCCGUCUUCUACUACGAGAUCCUCAACGCCCCCGACCAGGCUUGCCACCUCGCCAAGCAGGCCUUUGACGAUGCUAUCGCUGAGCUCGAUACCCUCAGCGAGGAGAGCUACAAGGACUCCACUCUCAUCAUGCAGCUGCUCCGUGACAACCUCACCCUCUGGACCUCCUCCGAGGCCGAGACCUCCGGCCAGGCUGAUGCCCCCGCUAAGGAGGAGACCCCUGCUGAGGCCGCUGCUCCCGCCGCCGAAGAGCCCAAGGCUGAGUAA